UAUUGUGAAAGUAACACAACAGUCGGUUGGCUCGAGUCCCACUUAAUUGCCUUUAUAUCCAGUACUUACUCUGAGGAACAUGUUUACAUGGUAGUUUUAUAGAGGCCGCCAGGUGCGUCUCACACACAGGAAUCAUGAGUCGCUUUCUGAACGUCCUGCGGAGCUGGCUGCUGAUGGUUUCUGUUAUCGCGAUGGGAAACACCGUGCAGAGUUUCAGGGAUCACAGUUUUUUGUCCGAGAAGCUCUACACAGGAACACCUGAGUUUGUGAACGGUCUCCAAGCUCGAACAUUUGGCAUUUGGACGUUGCUGUCGUCAAUCAUUCGCUGUUCCUGUGCCAUUGAUAUCCAAAACAGAACGCUGUAUCACAUCACCUUGUGGACAUUUGUGCUGGCGUUGGGCCACUUUCUGUCUGAAGCCUUCAUCUACAAAACAGCUCCUCUAACUAUCGGAGUCAUGGCACCUCUCAUUGUGGCAAGCUUCUCCAUCAUAGGAAUGCUGAUUGGAUACCAGUGCAUCCCAGAAUCACAAGAGGAAGACGGAGCUCGACAGAAGAAGCGUAACUGAAUCUUCUCCCCACAGCGACCAGCAGACUCUACUGGACUGGUCCCAGUCUGCUGCUUCUUGCCCUGAAGAACAUCUGGUUGUACAUGAAAUCCCUACUCUUAACACUUUAUAUAUAAUGAUGGUUGCCAACCUUUUUCCUUCAUCAUUGAGUAAACUGACACCCCUGACUAAUAAAAUGACAUUUUACGGAUAUUUCACAUUAUAUUCAAUGCAUAACAAUAACAGCACAGAAGCGAUAACGUGUACAAUUAACCUAAAUAGUGAAUGCAAUAAGUGCACAAAGUUUGGAUGAAUUUUAAGCAGAAUAUUUCCUGUGAAUGUUGCAUCAGAGAUGAGUUUUCCUGUUGUUUUUAGGAACUUUUAAUGCAAUUUUGUCUGCAUCAUUUAUCUUAUCAACCAUACAUCCUAAAUACACUGCUUUUUGACAAAUGUAGUGUUUUCCUCCUGAUGCUUGGCCUUUAUUCUAUUAGCUCUUUGGUUGUUUUAACUGCUAACUUCUCUUUCUGCUAAACAGUACGAGGCUGUUUAGCAGAGAGAGAAGUUCUCUGUGUUCGUGUCUUAUCUUUUUAGGUUUGAGGUUUCAUAUUCUGAUUAAUACUCCAAUAAAAGCCGUCUUAGACCCCAACAUGAAGCUUUGGCGACCCCAAGUGGGGAUCAACCAGCGCUGUAGAAUAUAAACAUCUCUACCUGGGCUGUGUUUGAUGUUUUUUAAUCUUGACAUUUUACAGUUCACAAUGCAGUCAAAAAUGGACAGACAGAAGGUCACGGUACACUACAAUGAUUGAUAUGUGCUGAUUUUCAAUUAUUUCACUCAUAAGUGAUAAAUACAGGGUUUCAUUUAUUACAUUUUGUAAUAUUUGAGCUUGAUGACACUUAUUUGACCUGACUAUAACUCCAUAUACAUUUUUUUUAAAUUCAUGAUCUACCAAAGAACUCAGAUGGCUAUAGAAUAUAAAACUAUGCUCUUCAUCACAAAGUCUCAUAAACACAAGUAUUUUUAAUGUUUGUGCUGUGAUAUUAAAUGUUUGUACACCCUUUAAAUGUACGCACAAUUAUUGUCCUAUAAAACAUUUUUAAAAUGAAA